AUGUUGUAUGUUCAGAGCGGUUACGCAGUUAUUCGGCAAACUCCCGUGCCUACCCACGGUUCCGGCACCUUUAUCGUGUUUUUCGGUUCGGUUCAACUUUGCUGCCAGGACUCUGUGCUGGACCUGGUCUCGGACGUGGAUGACGCCGCCCAACGCAAGCGCCGAACGGCAGUGGUGUUCUUCGGCAUCAAGGCCGCCUUCGACAGCGUCCCCAUCAACACCGUCAUGGACUCCCUCGUCGACCCUGGAAUCGGAGGCAAGGCAGCUGCUUUCAUUCACGCUCUACUUUCCAACCGCUCUUUCAGGGUCCGACUGGGAUCGACGCUUAGCUCCCCACGUCCUCAGAACCUCGGUCUACCCCAAGGCACUAUCCUGAGCCCCCUGCUCUUCAACCUCGUCAUGGCUGGACUCCCCAAGGCCCUACCAGCAACAACACCUCCCCUACAACUCUCCAUCUACGCGGACGACAUCUGCCUGUGGACCAACGGCAAGGACCCCUGGAAAGUGAUGAAGACCAUCCAGAAAGGCGUGGACGCUACGACCGAGUACAUCCGUGGCCUCGGACUCACCCCGUCAGCCGAAAAGACCAGGGUCAUGCUGCUUGGUUCCACGGCAAACUGGUGUACGCUGCCCGAACCAAUCCUGAUGGAAAACACGCCACUUGAACAGGUCUUCCUGGGCUCCACUCGUCAAGGACCUCCAGACCAGAUGCAAGACAACCCUGAACGUGACCAAGCGACUCAGCGGACGGCACUCCGGCUGCCCCCAGAGGACCCUCCUGACGAUCCACAACGCCACCACAGCGCACGGAUGCUCUUCGGACUCCCCUACGCCAAGCCCAGCAGAUCAGCGCUGGAAUCCCUGGAACUGCUCCACCGUCGCGGACUGAAGCUGGCUCUCGGACUUCCACCUGGGGCGCGAAACGUCGCCGUCUACGCCGAGGCUGCCGCUCUCCCUCUUCAACUACGAGCCACCCAACACCUGCUGAACCAGCUCACCAGACUGAACAGGACAACAACCGGAAGGGCGCUACUGCAGCGUCUAAGGGACCGACAACGGAGCCGUUUCUCAUGGACACUUUUCACGCAGGACCAGCUGUUCCAGCCCAUCCCACCAGUCCCCAGUCCAGACGCUCCAUGGAGGCUCCUCGGGACCGCCAUACAGACAACACUGCCAGGCCUGCCACGGAAAAAGGACGUUCCGGAUGCGGUGGCACAGUUCCUGGCCGCCGAGCGCCUUCAUGAGAGCUACCAGGACUACCUGCACGUGUACACGGACGCCUCAGUCGACCCUGGACGACGCGCCUGCGCCCUGGCCUGCCACAUCCCAGCAACACAGUUCUCCUGGGCCGAAGGAUUGUCCGGACUCCUCUCCUCCACGGAUGCAGAACUCCUGGCGAUCACGGAAGCCCUGGACAUCAUCGCCAAGACGAGCGCCACCAAAGCGGUUAUCCUCACGGACUCCCGCGGGGCUCUGUCGAGGCUAAACAACCGUUAUGAACACUGCCCUCUUCCUUUCAGAGCACAUCAGAAGCUGCAACUCCUCCUGGCAUCCGAUCAUCGCAUCGCGCUGCAGUGGACCCCAUCCCACAAAGGCAUCCCCGGCAACGAGAUGGCGGACUCCCUGAGCAAGCAGGCAACCACCAAGACCCUGGUUCGCCAUGCACCAUCUACCACCAGCCAGGCCAAGAAGAGCAUCGCCCUCCACGUGCGCCGCUUCCACCCGGACAAGCACACGGCGGAUGGGACAGCACCCCCACCCUGCAUCACGGCCGGCCUAACCAGGGACGAGGCAUCACUGCUGCUCAGGCUCAGUGCGUCGUGCGCCUUCACCCGGGCGUACGGCUUCACGAUCGGCCUGGUCGACGACCCACGCUGCGGAACCUGCGGUGUCCAGGAGAGUGUUGCUCACCUACUCACCCGCUGCAGAGAUACUGCUUCUCAGAGAGAUCUUCUUUUUCAGAACCUGUCCAGCGCCGGCAUCUCCGACCACAGCCUGGUUAACCUGGUAUACCCCAUGGGCCCACGACACCAUCGCAACGUAUCCAGAGGGAGCUGCUGCAGUUCCUGA